CAAACAUUGUACAUGGCAAGCAGUGUGCUGUAUAGCAGGUAUACACCAUUACAUAAUAUCUAAGAAAAGGUAAAGCUUAAACUGGAAAUUUUCAUUUUGAUGUAUUAAAUACACACGACAAUACAGGACUUCCACACUGAGGACACAUUUCCCAGGAAGUAAAGCGUAAUUGAAGAUACAUAGAAUUCCAGCUUACCAAACCGACCUUCUGAUACCGCUAACACACAAGGGGAGGAUAUGUCUUCUGAUACCACUAACAAACAAGGGGAGGAUACACCUUCUGAUACCGCUAACACACAAGGGGAGGAUAUGUCUUCUGAUACCACUAACAAACAAGGGGAGGAUACACCUUCUGAUACCGCUAACACACAAGGGGAGGAUACACCUUCUGAUACCGCUAACACACAAGGGGAGGAUAUGUCUUCUGAUACCACUAACAAACAAGGGGAGGAUACACCUUCUGAUACCGCUAACACACAAGGGGAGGAUACACCUUCUGAUACCGCUAACACACAAGGGGAGGAUAUGUCUUCUGAUACCGCUAACACACAAGGGGAGGAUAUGUCUUCUGAUACCGCUAACACACAAGGGGAGGAUAUGUCUUCUGAUACCGCUAACAAACAAGUAGAGGAUACGCCUUCUGAUACCGCUAACAAACAAGGGGAGGAUACACCUUCUGAUACCGCUAACACACAAGGGGAGGAUACACCUUCUGAUACCGCUAACACACAGGGGGAGGAUACACCUUCUGAUACCGCUAACAAACAAGGGGAGGAUACACCUUCUGAUACCGCUAACACACAAGGGGAGGAUACACCUUCUGAUACCGCUAACACACAAGGGGAGGAUACACUUUCUGAUACCGCUAACACACAAGUAGAGGAUACACCUUCUGGUACCGCUAACACACAAGGGAAGGAUACACCUUCUGAUACCGCUAACACACAAGGGGAGGAUACACCUUCUGAUACCGCUAACAAACAAGGGGAGGAUACACCUUCUGAUACCGCUAACACACAAGGGGAGGAUACACCUUCUGAUACCGCUAACACACAAGUAGAGGAUACACCUUCUGGUACCGCUAACACACAAGGGAAGGAUACACCUUCUGAUACCGCUAUCAAACGAGGGGACGAUACACCUUCUGGUCCGGAUAAUAAGCAAAUGAAGGAUACACCUUCUGAUACCGCUAAAACACAAGGGGAGGAUACACCUUCUGGUCCGGAUAAUAAGCAAAUGAAGGAUACACCUUCUGGUCCGGAUGAUAAGCAAAUGAAGGAUACACCUUCUGGUCCGGAUGAUAAGCAAAUGAAGGAUACACCUUCUGAUUUAGCAAACAAACAAGACUUGAAUGACCAAUCAGACCCCAGGGACGAUAGGUCCUCUGACCAGUUCGCGCAUGCCACUGAUUACCAACAUGAAGUCUGUAGCGCCGAAAAUCAAGCUUUGGCAAUACGUGAACAUGGAGACGGAAACCGAAACUCUAUGAUGGGGGUUAACCUACAGCAGGUGAUCCAGACCAUGCGAUCUGAUGUCAAAAUGGAUAUUACAGUUAAUGAGACCACAGUGGUAGGAAACAAGAACACGAUAGUCCAAGGGAAUAACGAGGAACUCUCUGACAUGCGAGGUGCAAUCGAAUUGUCCGGUGAUAAGAUGACCAAUGAACACGCCGAGCAGACGACACGUAUAGGACAGGAGAUAAAAGACUCCGAGGUGAGGGUGACAGGGGUUAUCAGAGAUGAAGGGGCAGAACUUACAGCAACUGUCACCGACACAGGCCAUUUUGUAUCUAACAGGAUGAAGGAAGUAACGGAGAAUAAGCAUGCCGGCAUGGAAGUACAUCUGGCAAAACUCAAACAGCAAAAUGCAGAAUUUUAUCGAGAAACGGAAGAAAGCACCAAAUAUACUACGGCUAAGUCCGUCGAAACACAGAAUAAAUUGAAGCAAACUAUCGACAAUUCCUCAGAAAAGAGCUCACAGGAAGCUUCAGAAUUAAAAUGUGAACUUCAAAAUGUCCAGCAACGCUUACAUGAAACAAUUAAAAAGGAGACUAUGCAUCUUCAAAAGGAAGUGACAUCUGUGAGUCAUCAACAGAUGGGGAUCAAGGAUGACUUGCUGAAAAUGACGAAAUAUAUGGAUUAUAUCGCGGACGAAACACAUACUUCAAAAAAGGAAACGACCGAGGCUGUUGGUUGCCUGCAGAUAUCUGUAGAUUCUUUAAAGAACAAUCAAGAAAAUUUGAAAGAAGAAACACAAACGUUUCAACGAAUAUUGCUUACCAAAUUGGCAGAAUUACAAGAAAGCAUCGACAAUUCAAACAGACAAGUACAGCAACUGAGAGAUAAAGUCGGCAAGAUGGAUAAUUCUAUGAAGAAACUAGCAUUAGAAUCAACGGUCACUGAUGCGAAAAGUAAAAUCAUCAAAUCGGUGUGGAAUUCGGCGAGGAUGUUAAAAAGGUAUAUUCUGGAUGCUUUAGAUGAUUAAAAAUGAAUGUAGUUAUUGAGAAUGAAUCAUUUAGGAGGAAGUUGAUUAUGAUAAUGUAUUUCGAAAAAAAUUUCCUUAAACGGGAUCAACAUCGUUCGGAAAGACGCAUUUUGAAUGGUUAAUCGUAUCCACUGAAUACCGCAGACGGAUUUAUUAUUGAGAGAGGAAUGAUAACGUCACUUCCGUUUUUGGCUGUUUUGGAACUAUACUUGUGGGAAGAAUACAUUCUAAUUCUGUAGACGUUUUAUUAGUGGCUAGAUUAACAUCAGAUAGAAAUGACACUAUUGCGAACAAUGGAUGUAAUUUUCGCAUUUUCGUCAUUUGAUAAAUUUGGAAACCUGAUAUUAACCAAAUUAACAUAAAAAAAGCUUUUUUAUAGUGAACUCAUUUCACAUUCCAGUAAGCUGGGAUAUGAUAUAUAACAUAAAAUAUUCUUUGUGUAGAAACUGCCGUUGUUUACGUUGUUGCUAUGGAACCACGAAUAUAAAUACAACGAAUGAUAUAUGUAAUAUCGUUAUAUGUAUUAUUGUUAAAUGUAUUAUUGUUAUAUGUAUCAUUGUUAUAUGUAUCAUUGUUAUAUGUAUU